AUGCACUUCACCAGCUUCUUCUCCCUCGUGGCCGCCCCGGCCAUGGUCCUCGCGACCCUCGACCCUGCCACGUCCAACACCAAGGGCAAAUGCCCUACCUCUCCCGCCUGCUCGGCCACCAAGGUCUCAAAGGCCAUCCAGGCCGCUGAGUGCUCCCACAACACCCGCGUCUCCGGACAGCAGACCUUCGCCGUCUUCGAGACGGACCACAAGUACGACAGCAGCCACGGCGCUCCCUACGGAACCUGCAGCGCCUACACAUGCGAGGCGCCUACGAGUGCGGACAUGAAGGCGGAUGAAGACUGCUGGACCUUCUUCUGGACUGGUGAGGGCGAGUCCAGCGGAGAGGGCGCGGGCUGCAUCAAGUCCCCUGACGAUGGAACUUGCGGGUGCGAGAACUCGGACGGCACCUUUGUUGCUGGCAGCGACAGCUGCACGUAA